AUUUAAUAAAUUUUGGUAAUCAUGAUUUGAUGACUCAUUACGUCCUGAAAAACUGUUUUUCCAGAAAACCAGGUCUUCAAGAGUCAAGGGGAUGAAUCCUUUUGGAGCUUUUAUCUACACUAUGAGUCCUACCUAUGAGCAGAGUAUGAGCUCAAACAGAGGGUAUCAGUUGGUGAGAUUCCCUCGUUAGUUAGAGGUGUUUUAUCAUUAAGGCGACUAAUAAUAAAAAGAUAAGAAAACGCACUUAACGUGCCUUCAAACCGCACUGUGGACGCAUUUGGACGACAGCCGAGUUGUUUAUCAAGACGCUUUUUUUUGACAGUGAGUUAUUUUUAAUGGACAUUUUUAGCUAUUUUGUAAACAAUGAACAUGAGAACAUUAUCGUCACGUUCCAUCUAAAUCGAUCUUCAAUAUAAAUGAGUGAAGAAACUUUAAUAACGCAAGAUAAAAAAAAGCAUAUAUCCGUGCUUUUAUAAUAAAAAUGGUUAUGCGUGAUGUUUUUUCAUCAACCUUUUCUCGAACAGACACUUCAAAUGAUACCGAUAAAAGAGGAAAAUUUUGGAUUUUUUUCUAAGAACUCAAUUUUAGUGAAAAAUAUCGAUUCAGUUUUUUACUUUUCAGGAUUUUUGCUAUUAAAAACUUAGAUAAUAUAUAUUUCUGGUAAAACAAUAUACAAAAAAAUAAGCAGGCUCAUUCAUCUUUGAAAUGCAUAGUAAUGUACUAGCGGUGAGAAAUGGGAUAGGGAGAAUCAUCCUAGUCCUUCUCUUGUUUAUCACAUUAACUAACGGACUUUUUCGCUUAUACCAUAUCAAUGAUAAUUAUGAUUGUCUAUACUCUUAUAUCAAUAUUAGAAUAGAAAACAACCAUCUUUAUCAAAAUAUGCAUUUCAAUUAAUACCAUCUUGUAUCAUUCGUUCGAAAAAUGAAUUACCACAAUGUUACGGUAGAAAUAUUACAUUUGAUCAAUUGAAAUCGUUAAAUACUACUGAACAACAUUUGAUUGAAUGGUAUGCACCAGUUGAUAAACAAAAUGAUUAUGCAAAAUAUCUUAAAUUUAGUUCAUCUUUGAAUAAUGACUCAUUAUGUAAUUGUACGGACUCCAAUUAUUUUAGUACACAGUGUGAAUAUACAUUUGAAAUUUUUCUUAAUAAUAUAACAUUCGAUGAUAUUAUUAAUAUUACUUUUGAAAAUAAUGAGACGUCAUCGAGCCUUCUAGAAUACCUCUAG